CGAUGAUUCACAAAAGUCGGGCGCACAACGUCACUGCCACAAUUGGCCCGUGCGCUUCCAAUGUUUCGAGCACCUUCCAUCUCAGUCCUCAGCCCUUGCGCCCUUCAUCUCACCCAUCACGAGUAACAUUCGAAGUGUGGCUGGUGCAAUCAUUCUGAUUAUUGCAACACCUAAAUCGAAUGUCGAUAUCUCAUAUCACAACUACGAUUGUGAAGAUGACCUUGUCGCCUCGUGCGUAGCAUUGCCCGCCUGUGCGCAUGGCGAACGGCAGUCACUGAUUACCUCGAAGGCAUGUAUCACUCAUUUGCAAGCCCAGUGAAAGUAGUAAUGCCGUGAUAUGCGUGCGCGUUGCAGCCUGCACCGUGGACAACUUCACUCUGCUUUCAGUCUUGCGGUAUGAGGCAUCAUGGCGAAGUGUUUGUUCACUAAUCAACCAACAAUGUCUUCACCACCCACCACUGACGGCAUGCAUUUCCACAAAGAAGCCAACGAUGUCGAUAGCGGUCCUAUACCAACCUGGCGUGUAGACGACUCCAUACACGUGCAGUACCCUAUCCGGGCUUUAUUGAUUAUCUGGAACGAAGCAGAAUGUCGAGAUGCUCGAAGACCUCCAGAGUGGCCAAUCGAGGCGGCCUGGCCUCCUCAGUUAUCUGACGCUCACCGGCCAAGUCUUUGGGAAUACGCCAACAUGCCCUGCCUGGCUUGCGGCAGGACUGGCCAAUGCUCGUGCUCCAUCGCUACCUACAGAAUAACGCAACAUCUCUCCACGAACCUCGAGCUACGCUCGUUCGAUCCCGACGGAACCUUAGCCGGCGUUUUUCGGGCUUCCUCGCGGCGACAGGUUAUUAGCUGGUACCGUCGUCGGGGAGCUAUGUGGGAUGCUCCACCCCAUGCCAGCCGCGCCGAUGACGGUCCGAGUUCGUUAGUUCGCUGUCGACUUUCCAACAUAAAACUCUGGAUACAGUCAGGAUAUCAAUGCCUGACUCAACGCGUCAGCUCACCGCAGUGUGCUGUACUUCGCAGACCACUCUUGCGAGCCAAGCGUAGAGGAGUUUUUCACACGGGUCGGUCCUACGCACGGAGUCUUCGUCAAGAGUACACGCGCGAUCGAAAUUUGGGACGAGCUGACGUUCGAUUGGGGUGAUUUACGAAUGCGUCGACCAUGUCAAGACGCAGACUUCAACUGUCUGUGCGUGUGCAGGGCUGGCCAAAAACCGCAGCAAGCAACCUUGUAGUCUCCAAACACGAGUAGCAGAUUCACAGACCUCUGCAAAACUGUUGAAUCUACCUGUGAUUCCAGCAUCACCCUCACCAGCGAACGUCGUUCGUCUAUUUCAAUGACACACUCGUUC